AUGUUUCCAGUUGAUUUGAAUGAUAUUUUGUUCUAUCUCGUCGUCAGUAGUGUUGUCGUCCUUCUCCAUCCGCUGCGCUGGUGGCAUGCAUUUUACACUAUCAAAUUUAUUUUCGGUUCCUUGUGCAAAGCGUUGGAGAGACGAGUGACGCCAUUUCCUUACCGGAGCCAUUUCAGCCAACAGGUGACCACAAAAGGGUAUAUUCUUGUACAGUAUCUCAAAGCAGCUUUGGAAAAUGAAUUGAAACCGUUUGAAGAGAUUGGAGUACAUUUUUUAACCGACAGUCGUCGUAGUCGCUAUGCUGCUCAUGGUCUUGGAGACAUCACAGUUCAACACAAAAAGACGAUUCGAGUGUUUGGUUCAAAGAGCAGAGACCAGUUUCCCAUAGAUCUUCUCGUUCUUUAUUUCCACGGAGGAAUAGGGCUUGGCGACGAAAAUGGAGAGCUUUAUACUGAGUUUCUUUCUUUACUAGCGGUCAAGUUUCUCGAACAAGGAUUUACAAACCCGGUGAUAGCAGUGCCAAAGUAUGGAAAUGGCAAUGGUAGUGUUUCUGUGAGCGACUUGGUACCAGAAGGAUCCAAUUGUCACGUAGUGGUAGCGAGCGACUCGGUGGGUUCUUCGUUUGCGUUGCUGCAGAUGUGCGAAAUGGCUGCGAAUUAUGAGGGUGGUGUUGCUGCAGCGGUGUUGAUAUCGCCUGUAGUGGGCGAAGAACACGGCUUCAGUACCGCAACAGACGACUUUAUCUGCCGCAAUACCAUUGAUGGUUGGAAAAGGCGUCUAGGGUCAAAUUUCACCAACACCACCACUGUCGAGCCUCGGUACGGGUGGUACAUUACGUAUGGAUCCGAGGAGUUUUUGGCACCUGCAAUCGAAAAAUUAGCCCAGUCUGUACCAGGACGAGUCAAGUUGGACCGGCAAUUGGCCCAGGUCCACAAUUGGCCGCUAAUAUGCUUUUGGACCGAGUCAACCAUCUACGACCGUGAGGUGAGCAUCGAGUCUAUUGCAGUUCAAAUAUCACGCAUGGUUCUCUGGAACACGACCAGUUACUUUGAGACGGGUCCCUCCCAGCCACGGGUGCCGCCAAACCUUGAUGAGGUGAGUAUAUAG